GCGUCGCAUGUAAACAAACUGUUUUUUUUCGAUGGUUUUUGUUUCUUUACUUGUUUAUCAAUAUUGACUUGUUCAUGUUUCUUUAUUUGUUCAUAACUUGACUAUUAAAUGAAGUAGUAACGAUAAAACCGAACCAGGUUUCAAUAUUAUGAAUGACUACUACGACGCCUGACCUUUCCACUCUGCCUGAGUUUAUAGAACUCAAACCAACCGAUCGGUCAAUUGCAUCCACAUCUCUAGACAACGCCGUAGACCAAAGCACUUGCCACAAUCAAAGCGAAUCAGCCAUUCCUGUUAAAAAGCGGAAGUAUGCCUGUGACGUGUGCGGGAAAACAUAUCUAAAAAGUAGCCACCUUACUAUCCACAAGCGGCUCCACAGUGGGGAACGGCCGUUUGUCUGUAACAUUUGUAACAAACAGUUCGCCAGUAACAGCCACUUUAGUGCCCACGUCCGCAUACAUAAUGGAGAUCGGCCGCACUGGUGUGAUAUCUGCGGCAAGGAGUUUAUAUCCAACAGUUGUCUAACGCGGCACAAGCGAUUGCACACAGGGAAGCGGCCACAUCAGUGUGAAAUUUGUGAUAAGACAUUUUCUGGCGUUAGUAACCUAAUAAAGCACCACCGGGUACAUACGGGAGAGCGGCCUUACAAAUGCAAAGAGUGCGGCAAAGAUUUCACGCAAAGUACCCAUCUAACAAAGCACGUGCGCAUACAUACCGGCGAGCGACCGCACAGGUGUGAAAUCUGCGAUAAAGGUUUCAUCGAAAGUGGCCACUUGAAGCAGCACCUGCUGACGCACACCGGAGAACAGUUGCACAAGUGUAAUAUUUGUGGUAAACGAUUCAAACACUCGGAGGACUUUGCGACCCACAAGCGAAGUCAUAAAGGCGAACGUUCGUUUCGGUGUACAAUUUGCGGUGAAGAUUAUCUUACGGUAGGAGCCUUGUCCCAGCACAAGCGCAUCCAUCCGGAACAGUUGCGUCACCGGUGUGAGACGUGUGGAAAAGGAUUCAAUCGGAGUAGUUCCUAUCUACAGCACUGUAAACAGCCUUGCAACAGCAAGAGAACUGUCGUGGAUGGCACAAAAAUCUAGCCGGUUUUCCCGUUUCCCGGAAAUAUCUACUAUGGCUGAAAGAUUGAAUGUUUUGGAAUUGAAGGCUGAUUCUAAAGAAGGAAAAAGCAUUCAACUCGUAGCGGACAAACCAAAUAAAAGCGGUGUCAAAAAGUUUGUUGCAGCGAAUGUGGCAAAGAGUUUAAAUCUUUCAUAUCAUUGACCGGACACCAAUUUGCACAUACGGAUGCUAGGCCCUAUCAAUGUGAUGUAUGUGGUAGAGGAUUCAACUAUGAAAGCAGUGUAUACUUACACAAAAGAACUCAUUUGACUGAUCGUCCACGUAAAUGUAUCGACUGCGAAAAGGAAUUCCGCACUUCGGUGGCACUAGCGAAUCAUCGCUUUGUGCAUACCGGAGGUCAUCCUCAUCAGUGUAAGGUUUGUGGAAAGGGUUUUGCUUUCACUUGCACCCUUACUCGACAUAUGUUCACCCAUUCGGUUGAGCAGCCGCUUCGUUGUGAUAUCUGUUACAGAACCUUUCAGCAGCAGGUUAUUCUAACUAAUCAUAUGCGCCGUCAUACCAACGAACGACCCUAGAAAUGUGAUGUGUGUGACGCCGAGUUUAUUACGAAAUGCCGGCUGACGUACCAUACGCGCAACCAUACCGAUAAAUAACCAUUGGCCUAUUGUUACUUUGAAUUGUGUGGAAGCAUUUCUAGAUCAUACCGAGAAGCAGUACCCAAAACCCUGGUAUGGAUAUUGAUGGAUAUUGAAAAAGAAGGAAACAGUUAACCUAUUUCCGGUGGGUGGUGCCAUAGGGCUUGGCCUGACAUUUGAAUCUUGAUUUAACAAUUAUGCUCCAAAUUUCGCAUGAUGUAACUGUUCAAUAAGGUUUAUCAGAACAGUUUAAUCUUCAAUAUGAAAUAGUUUGUGUCAAUUAUGCAUAUAAUU